AGGGGUUUCAGCCGCAGAGCCUAUCUCCGGUCUCGCACAAGUCUGAAUCGUAGAGCGCGCGCACCAGCACUUGGCACUAGUGUAAGAGCAUUGGUAGACUGCGAAUCCCACCAUCUCCGCCUUUGACGUCGGGGCGAAAUGCAAAAAGCACUUUAAUAAUGUAUGCUGCAGCACUAUAAGAAGAUCAAAACGCGUUUUGCCACGGCUUCUGGACGAGUGGUUUAUAUUUACUUCUUGUAUGAGAUGCUCUGAAGUGAAUAUCUGGAUCAGUUAAUUGGUUGGAUGCGAAUGCGUGCACAAUUGGUCUUUUAAUUGAUAUCUCCGUUCCGCCUGCGCAUCAGGAUAGCCUAAAUCUAAGUUAACAUGGCUUUAGUAGUGCGCCUCAACACCAUCACCUGCCUGCGGGGGAAAGCGGACAGGAUCGCCAAAGUGACGUUUCGAGGUCUGCCCUUCUACUCUCGUGUGGUGGAGAACUGUGAGGAGGAGGCCAGAUUUGAUGAGAUGUUCCGAUGGCCCAUCGGGAGUAAGGUGGAUGGUAAUGAGAUUCUGGAGAUCCAGGUGUUCAACUACAGCAAGAUGUUCACCAACAGGCUCAUAGGAACCUUCCGGAUGGUUCUUCAGAAGGUGGUGGAGGAGGGACACCUGCAGGUGUCUGAUACACUGAUCGACGACAACAACACAGCCAUACAGACAACCAUUUCCAUAGAGAUCAGAUACCAGACGAUGGACAUGAGUGUGACUGUGUGGAGUGAUGGGGAGUUCCUUGACGUUCCAGAUGAUUCAGACGGGAUAUUCCAGUUUGAGACGGACAGCCUUCUCUCCGGGAACAGCCAGAGUUCGGGAGUUUCGCCGGGACGACGGUCCCUCCAGAACUCCAUCCCCACAUUCAGGAACACACGCAGGGAUAAGAGCAAAAAAGACCCAAAGGAGGACCAAGCAAGAAAGAAGAAAGCAGGGAAAGGAGUGUUCUCCGCCAUGAAGCUUGGGAAGACGCGCAUCUCUAAAGACGACCACAAGCGAGCAGAUGAUGCUGCAAUCCUGGAGACAGAAGAUCUGGACCGCAAGGCCAUGCGCCUGGGCGGUGUCAUCGACCCCGACACCAUCUCUCUGGCCUCCGUUACCGCGGUAACCACCAACGUCUCCAACAAGAGGUCAAAGCCAGACAUAAAGAUGGAGCCCAGUUCUGGUAGACCGGUGGAUUACCAGAUCAGUGUCACGGUGAUCGAGGCUCGUCAGCUCGUGGGGUUAAACAUGGACCCCGUCGUGUGUGUCGAGAUCGGAGACGACAAGAAGUACACGUCCAUGAAGGAAUCCACCAACUGCCCCUACUAUAAUGAGUAUUUUGUCUUUGACUUCCACGUGUCUCCAGAUGUGAUGUUUGACAAGAUUCUAAAGAUCUCGGUGAUCCACUCCAAGAACCUCCUGCGCAGUGGCACAUUGGUGGGAACCUUCAAGAUGGACGUGGGCACAGUUUACUCACAGCCUGAGCACCAGUUUUACCAUAAGUGGGCCAUGCUGUCUGACCCUGAGGACCUCACUACUGGGUGCAAAGGUUACGUGAAGUGUGACGUCGCUGUGGUGGGGAAAGGGGACAACAUCAAGACCCCUCACAAGGCCAGUGAGACUGAUGAGGAUGACAUCGAAGGGAACCUCCUUCUGCCGGAGGGGGUUCCCUCAGAGAGGCAGUGGGCCCGGUUCUAUGUAAAGAUCUACCGGGCCGAGGGCCUGCCCAAGAUGAACACCAGCAUCAUGGCGAACGUGAAGAAGGCCUUCAUCGGGGAGAACCGGGACCUGGUGGACCCCUAUGUCCAAGUGCAGUUCUCUGGCCAGAAGGGAAAAACCUCUGUUCAGAAGAGCAGCUACGAGCCCACUUGGAACGAGCAGAUCAUCUUCACAGAGAUGUUCCCUCCCCUCUGCAAACGCAUCAAGGUCCAGAUUCGAGACUCCGACAAGGUUAACGAUGUCGCCAUAGGAACACACUUCAUUGACCUGCGUAAGAUCGCCAACGACGGAGACAAGGGCUUCCUGCCCACCAUGGGCCCUGCGUGGGUGAACAUGUACGGCUCCACACGGAACUACACCCUGAUGGACGAGCACCAGGACCUCAACGAGGGCCUGGGGGAGGGCGUGUCCUUCAGGGCGCGCCUGCUGAUUGGUGUUGCCGUGGAGAUCCUGGACACCACCUCCCCGGAGAUCAUGAGCUCCACCGAGGUGCAGACGGAUCCCGUGUCCAACAUCUCAGAGAGUGCCACAGGAAAGGUGGAUGAGUUCUUCCUCUUCGGGUCCUUCCUGGAGGCCACCAUGAUUGACAGGAAGAUCGGAGAUAAGCCAAUCAGCUUCGAGGUCACAAUAGGUAACUAUGGUAACCAGAUUGAUGGGGUGAGCAAGCCGGCGGCGGCGGGGAAGAGGAAGAGGAGGGAGGGAGGAGCGGAGAGCGACGAGGAAGAGUUGGAGCUCAUACAGCACUCGAGCGACGAAGAGACGGAUGACAGCGCUGACCUGGUGUCUGUGUCCUGCACGCCUGUCAUGAAGCCCGUCAUCACCGACAGAAAUUACUUCCAUCUGCCGUACUUUGAGAAGAAGCCGUGCAUCUACAUCAAGAGCUGGUGGCAAGACCAGAGGCGGCGCCUGUACAACUCCAACAUCAUGGACAAGAUUGCAGACAAACUGGAGGAGGGUCUGAAUGACGUCCAGGAGAUCAUUAAAACAGAGAAGGCCUACCCUGAGCGACGACUGAGGGGGGUGCUGGAGGAGCUCAGCACUGGCUGCAGCCGUUAUAUUACUCUGGCAAACAAGGACCAGAGCCAAGCAGGCAGGACCAAACUGGACCGCGAAAGACUGAAGUCCUGCAUGAGAGAGAUGGAGAGCAUGAGCCAGCAGGCCAAGAGCAUCCGCUCCCAGGUGAAGAGGAACACAGUAAGAGACAAACUCAAGAUGGUGCUCAACUUCCUGCAGAGACUCCGCUUCCUGGCUGAAGAGCCCCAGCACAGCAUCCCUGACAUCUUCGUCUGGAUGAUGAGCAACAACAAGCGGGUGGCCUACGCCCGCGUCCCCUCCAAGGACAUCCUUUACUCCAUCGUGGACGAGGAGACGGGCAAGGACUGCGCUAAAGUCAAAACCCUCUUUCUCAGGCUGCCCGGUAAGAAAGGCUUUGGUCCUGCGGGCUGGACAGUUCAGGCUAAGUUGGAGAUGUACCUGUGGCUGGGCCUCAACAAGCAGAGGAAGGACUUCCUGAGCGGCCUGCCCAGCGGCUUUGAGGAGAACAAAGCAGCCAAGGACACAGGCCUACAGUCCGUGCCGCCCAUCAGCCUAGUAUACAGCAUGAAGCAGGUGUUCCAGCUGAGGGCUCAUAUGUAUCAGGCCCGCAGCCUGUUUGCUGCUGAUACCAGCGGCUUGUCAGACCCCUUUGCCAGAGUCUUCUUCUCUACCUACAGCCAGGUCACAGAGGUGCUGAAUGAGACUCUCUGCCCCACGUGGGAUCAGCUGCUGGUGUUUGACAAUGUGGAGCUCUACGGUGAGGUCAGCGAGCUCCGUGACGACCCCCCCAUCAUCGUCAUAGAAAUCUACGACCAGGACACGGUGGGCAAAGCUGAUUUCAUUGGCCGGACGUUUGCCAAGCCCCUGACUAAGAUGAUUGACGAGCACUAUGGCCCGCCCCGCUUCCCUCCCCAGCUGGAGUACUAUCAGAUCUACAGGGGCAACUGCACCGCCGGAGAACUACUCGCCGCCUUUGAGCUGCUGCAGGUCCCCUAUGACGAUGAGGAGAUCAGGAGGGCUCUCAUCGCCGUGCAUAGCUUUGCUGUUCCUCAGAUCAAGGUGGGUCCAGCUGGUAAAGGGAGCUUGCCAGCGAUCGAUGGGCCAACAGACUCGGAUCGCGGGCCCAUCCUGCCGGUCCCUCUGGGGAUCCGACCCAUACUCAGUCGGUACCGGAUAGAGGUGUUGUUCUGGGGCCUGAGGGAUCUGAAGCGGGUCAACCUGGCCCAGGUGGAUCGGCCCCGCGUGGACAUUGAGUGUGCUGGGAAAGGGGUCCAGUCCUCACUCAUCCAGAACUACAAGAAGAACCCCAACUUCAGCACCCUCGUCAAGUGGUUUGAAGUGGACCUGCCAGAGAACGAGCUGCUCCACCCUCCCCUGAACAUCCGGGUGGUGGACUGCCGAGCGUUUGGCCGCUACACCCUGGUGGGCUCUCACGCCGUCACCAGCCUACGCAAGUUCCUCUACGCUCCAGUAGACAAGAACAACGCUCGCAGCUGGGGCCACACAGCUAGUCUUCUGAAUGGCUACAUGGCGCUGACCAACGGGGCAUCCCGCUCUUGCUCCCACUCCCGCACCCCCUCUCGCCCCCCAGGUGACAUCAUGGUCAACAUGGACCCCGAGCUGAACGUCAAGAAGAUGGAUACUGUGGUCAGGCUAGACGCCACAUCUGAUGCAGUCGUUAAAAUUGAUGUGAAUGAGGAUGAGAAGGACAAAGACGGCAAGAAGAAGAAGAAAAAGAAGAAGAAGGGAGAGGAGCCGGAAGAGGAAGAGUUGGAUGAGAGCAUGCUGGACUGGUGGUCCAAGUACUUUGCCUCCAUAGAGACCUUGAUGGAGGCGUUGCGAGCGCAGGAGGCCGCUCAGGCGGAGGCGGAUGAGAGGGAGGACCUGGAGAUCGCUGCAGAGGGAGCAGAGCUCAAAGCUGAUGACUCUCCUGUGAAAGGCACCAAGCCCAAGGACAAGGCCAGAGACAAGGCCAAGAGCUCCAAGGACAAAAAGAAGAGCCAAGCCGGAGAGGGCCAGGACAGACGGCCCACCAAACCCAGAGUGGAUGAGCUGCUGGCAUACAGUAAGGAGUUGGAGGGCGAGUUCAACAACUUUGAGGACUGGCUCCACACCUUCAGCCUGUACAGGGGCAAAGCUGGAGACGAUGAUGAGCACCACCUGGCGGAUGACGACAGGAUUGUGGGCAGAUUCAAGGGGUCGGUGUGCUUGUACAAGCUGCCCCUGUCAGAGGAGUUCUCCAGAGAGGCGGGCUUCGACCCCAACAUGGGCAUGUUCCAGAACAUUCCCCACAACGACCCAAUCAACGUGCUGGUCAGGGUUUACGUGGUCAGGGCCACUGACCUGCACCCUGCGGACAUCAAUGGCAAAGCUGACCCAUACGUCGUCAUCAAACUGGGCAAGACAGAGCUGAAGGACAAGGAGAACUACAUCUCAAAACAACUCAAUCCCGUGUUUGGAAAGUCCUUUGACAUUGAGGCCACAUUUCCCAUGGAAUCCAUGUUGACGGUGUCCGUGUACGAUUGGGAUCUGGUCGGCACGGAUGACCUGAUCGGAGAGACCAAGAUUGACCUGGAGAACCGCUACUACAGCAAACACAGAGCCACAUGCGGCAUCCCAGCCUACUACUCUGUCCAUGGUUACAACAUAUGGCGGGACCCUCAGAAGCCGACCCAGAUCCUGGCCAAGCUGUGCAAGGACGGCAAGCUGGACGGGCCACACUACGGUCCAGGGGGCAGAGUGAAGGUGGCCAACCGCAUCUUCUCCGGCGCGACCGAGAUCGAGGACGAGAACGGCUUGAAGAAACAGACGGAGGAGCACCUGGCUUUGACGGUGCUGAAGCAGUGGGAGGAGAUGCCCAAAGUGGGCUGCAAACUCAUCCCGGAACACGUGGAGACCAGACCACUGCUCAACCCAGACAAACCUGGCAUUGAACAGGGUAGUCUUGAGAUGUGGGUUGACAUGUUUCCGAUGGACAUGACUGCACCAGGACCUGCCAUUGACAUAUCACCACGGAAACCAAAGAGAUAUGAGCUCAGGGUGAUUAUAUGGAAUACAGACGAGGUAAUUCUGGAAGACGAUGAUUACUUCACAGGGGAAAAGUCCAGUGACAUAUUUGUCAGGGGCUGGUUGAAGGGCCAACAGGAGGAUAAGCAGGAUACAGAUGUCCACUACCACUCUCUGACCGGCGAGGGCAAUUUCAACUGGCGCUUCGUCUACCCCUUUGACUACCUGAUGGCCGAGGAGAAGAUCGUCAUGUCCAAGAAGGAGUCCAUGUUCUCUUGGGAUGAGACCGAGUACAAGAUCCCCGCACGGCUCACCAUGCAAGUCUGGGACGCAGACCAUUUUUCUGCCGACGACUUCCUGGGUGCGAUAGAGCUGGAUCUGAACCGGUUCACGCGUGGGGCGAAGACAGCCAAACAGUGCUCCCUGAACAUGGUACUGAACGAGCAGGAGCUCCCCACCAUCUCCAUCUUCAAACAGAAGAGAGUCAAGGGCUGGUGGCCGUUCGUAGCACGAGAUGAGAACGACGAGCUAACGCUAACGGGAAAAGUGGAGGCAGAGCUUCACCUGAUGACUGCGGAGGAGGCAGAGAAGAGUCCAGUUGGGCUUGGACGCAAUGAGCCAGACCCUCUGGAGAAACCCAAUCGGCCGGACACGAGUCUCAUGUGGUUCAUAAACCCCCUGAAGUCCAUCCGGUACUUCAUCUGGCACAAUUACCGCUGGCUGAUCCUGAAGGCUCUGGGGAUGCUGCUGCUGCUGCUGCUGCUGGGCCUCUUCCUGUACUCCAUCCCCGGAUACCUAGUCAAGAAGAUGCUGGGGGCCUAAGGAGAAAGAGAGGGAGGGAAGGCGAAACCCGCCGCCGCCCCGACACCACCUUCCUCUGGUUCCUGAGUCCCCUGAAGGCUAUACGCUACCUGAUCUGCCAUCGCUACAAGUGGCUCAUC